AUGUCUCCUCACAUAGCGAGGGCCGUAGGUGAAGGUCAGCAGCGCAGUGAGGUCAUCUUACGUAAACGCAUCCAAACCGACAAUUGCCAAUUAUUGGCCCCUUUCAUCCGAACAACAUCGCCUCAGAUGGAAUCCUCUGCAGAUCCUCUCUUUCCUCAAGAAACAUUUGAUCUCUUCAUCGAUGCUAUCGCAGAAAUCCCAGGCCUAGCCCGCUUUCGACGCACGGCAUUGCAAUCCUGCAACUUGGUGUCCCGCUCCUUCUCGCAUAGCGCCCGUCGGCACAUAUUCAAUCGAGUCUCCAUAGACAUACGCAGCGACCUUGGGGCUGAAAAGGUGCUUUCACGCAUCGAGGCAUUAAACCAGCUACUGGGUUGGGUCGGCAGCACAUCAGAGAUCCGCUCCCCGCAGAUGAGAGGGAUUGCCCCAUUCAUUAACACUUUCUCUUUCAGCAUACGAUGCAAUAUGACUCCAGAAAUUCAAGCAUCGUUGGCAUCUACCUUCAAACUCGUCUCUGGGUCUGGAGUCCAAGGAGUCGAACUUUGUGGGCUCGAAAUGAACCGUGAUAUCGCGUUCCAGCGUGGAAUUGCCGAUUUAAUUCGGUCACCCUGCCUUCGCAUACUAUCCCUCCGGGAAACCUCUUUACCAAGAUUGAUACUCCUUGGGGCGCAUAUCAAAACACUUGAGAUGGUUGACGAGUGCUUUAUGCGUGAGGAGGAAGAAAACCAGCCUGCCUAUCGCGACAUCAUCCGGAAUCGCCAAUUGACUGGUGAUGCAAUCCCCUCGCUCGAACAGAUCACCACAGAUCCUCGCAUAGGAGCUGGACUUUGGCAGCUCAUUGGUCCAAUUCUCGGGAACGCUUCUCAAUCGGCCUGGAGAUCGCGCACUACCAACCUUCGAUGCCUUUCUUUUCUCAUUUUUGGGAGCUCGAAUUUCAAGCCGUUAGGAGCAAUGUCACUUUGCGCAUCAAAUACGAUGGAACGCCUGAGUAUACGUUAUACCAGUAAGCAUUUAUCCCACCGCACCGUGCACGACAAUAAUAUUUCGAUUGUUUUCCGAUCAGAUAACUAUGCUUUAACUCUGUUUGAAGUUCCAGAAGGGCUAGACCUAUCCGGACUGAGGAAGCUACGCUUUUUGCACCUCUACCAUCAUAGGAUUUCCUCCAGCAUCGAAGACGAUAUUUCGACGACGAUCAAGUCUAUCAACCCUCCUGCCUCCCUCGAGACCUUGGAAAUUGAAGUUCUAUAUGGCAGUCCUAUUACUUUGAAGACGGAAUUUCGGAGAAGAAACCAACUGGCUUGGGAACCCCUCGACUCUACCCUUGCAAGUCCAUUGUAUUCUAUGGUCAGGUGCAUCGAUAUCUAUAUGCAUUUUAACGCUGACUACCUGAGUGGGAUUUGGACGCUCUGGGGCACAAAAUAUCAGUUUGCAGAGGAGGGAACCUCAGCGAUGCGCCGAUGUCUUCCUUCUUUCAAUGUUGGCGAAAACCGGAAGCGGCUCAAUAUUCAUGUCAUUUUCUCAAGUGAAACGGGCCCGUACAGGAUGAGGGACCGAGGUGUUAUUAUCCCCUCCUGA